AUGAAGGGCAGCACCUUGCUGGGAGCUGUGCCCAGGACUGCGGCCGGACUUCCCAGUCUCGCUCCGGCCGAAAGGAUGGCAGGCAAGGCGGAGAAGAAGGCUUGGGUGAAGGCUCAGUUUGUAAAGGCGCAGCAGCAGAACGGCACUGAGGAGGACGCCAGCACCGAUGAUGACGAAACGCCCCUGGCGAUCCUGUUGAAGUACUUCCGGACAGACAAGUUGGCGGUCCGGAAAUGUAUCUCUCCGUGGGGUCGCUACACUAGCUGGUGCGGGGUUACAAUAACUGGCUUGCAAAGGCUAUACCACGCCACCCGGUCUUGUCCUGGUGUUGUCCACCCCCUGGACGACACCCUGACUCUAGAAGGCGACAAGUACAUCGUGGACCUCAUCCCGGUGGGCAUGAAUUACAUGAAAGCACUGCCGAGCACGGAGGAUGAGGCCCGGCACAUGGUGCACGGCUUGCUGCAUGGACUGAACGCCAUUCACCAGGCUGGCUUCGUACAUCGGGAUCUGCGCCUGGACAACACUGCAUGCACCCUCAACGGUAGGCGCUGGUUUCUACUCGACCUGGAGACAUGUGUUCCAACGGACAAUGUGCCGCCUCCUGAGUUCUUCCCCGCGGGUUGGCAGGAGGAGUGUACACUGGUGGAGGGCCGCUACACGUUCGCAUCAGAUCUCUUUCAGCUCGGGGCCAUCGUGCGUAGGGCUAUUUGCCCUCUUUUGAGUGGUGGGCAGGCAAAGGACCCUGUACAGAGUCUCUCGAGCUUCGGGCUAGGACCCUUAUCCUUGCGUCCCUCAUCAUCAUCAUCAUCAUCAUCAUCAUCAUCAUCAUCAUCAUCAUCAUCAUCAUCAUCAUCAUCAUCAUCAUCAUCAUCAUCAUCAUCAUCAUCAUCAUCAUCAUCACCAUCUUCUUCCUUCCCUGCCCCUGCCCUUCCCGCAGGUCCUCAAGCCCGGUGA